AUGCCUCGGACACUGCUUCUGUGUUUCAUCCAUGGCUUUAAAGGGAAUGAAAAUACAUUCUACGAUUUUCCAGAUGACUUGAAGCGAUCAGUCACCAAGCAACUUCCAGACCAUCGGGUCGAGUCCAUCGUGUACCCUCAAUAUGAGACCAAAGGCGAGUUGGCGCAGGCCACCGAGGCGUUUCUCUCAUGGCUCAAGGAGAGAGUCAUGGAUGUAAGAAAGGCCAACGUCGAGAAGCCCUGGCCACCAAAAGACAGAGAAGUCGGAGUCGUUCUCGUUGCCCACUCUAUGGGAGGAUUCGUCGCCGCAGAUUCGCUGUUCCUCGCCAUCAAUGAGCGAGCACAGUCCAAUCCGUCAGAAGACGAUCCAAUCUUCCCCCUCAUCCAGGGCAUCCUCACCUUCGACACCCCCUACAACGGCCUCGCCAGGUCUAUGUUCGUCUACGGCGGCUUCUCCAACUACCAAAAGGUCAGCAGCGUCUUCAAUGUCAUGACAGCCCUCUCCGCCGCUGCACCCUCGACCCUCGCCCGUCUGGGCACCCGCCGCGCCGCAACCUCGGCCGUGACAUCUACCGCCACCCGUAACCCAGGCUGGAAGACAUGGCAGCUUGUCGCCGUGAAGACAGGCACCGUAGGCGCCAUCGCUGCCGGCGGCGUCGCCGCUUACGUCAACCGCGAGGCCAUCCUCAAGGGCAUAAAGGGGCUCAACAAGAACUCCGUGAAGGAGGGCUACCAGCAGAGUGUCGAUGCCCUCGGCCAGGGACUAGCGUACAUCAACCGCGGCAAUGUCGGCCAGUCCUUCGCCUGGCUCUCGGACCACUUCACUUUCGUUGGCGCGCUCAUGAAGCAGAAGGAACUCAACCGCCGCCUCGAGCGGAUGGGCGCACUCAAGGGCGUCGGGAUUCACGACUUUUAUGCGUCGCUCGGCGAGAAUGGGUACUGGCAGGGUGGCUAUUUUGUCCCCGAGCGGACGUUUUGCGCCGUUCCGGAGGAAAGCCAUCCUGCUUCGUCCCUCUUCUCGCGCCAGGUUUUGCCAGAUGUCGACGACGAGGUAGCGGCGCAUAUGGCCAUGUUCCAGGCUGAUAAGCACAAGGGGUACGAGAAGAUGACUGAGCAGGCGGCUGACCUGGUGAUUGAGUGGUUCAAGAGCGAGGAGCCGGUUGUCGACGACCCCAAGUUCCGUGAGACGCCACCCGAAGAGGUUGCGGAGGACGCCGAGGUCGAGGAGACGCUGGAGAAGGCCAUCUCCAAUACCGAAGCACCUGGACAAAAGUCAGAUGACAAGCUCGCUGAAAAGGUCGACGAGAAGGAGGGUUCAAAGUCAGCAGAUGGCGAAAUGCCCGACGAGUCGCCCAUUGACAUUGCCGCUGCUGCCUCGCUCGUGCCACUUCCCGCCGAUGGCGAGGGGGAUUUGCUGGGCAAUAUGAACCCUGAGAACAUGACUACAGAGGAGAAGCGGACGUACAUGCAGCAUCUCUUCCGCAUCGCGCAGUCAACAGGCACGGGCGUCAAGGGGUGGCUUCCUGGUAUGCCUAGUAUGCCAGGUAUGCCGGGUAUGCCAGCGAUGCCCAACAUGCCGAAUAUGCCCAGGGUCCCUGCUUCUGUCUCUUCUCUAGGCCAGGCAUCGCUGCCGAGCGUCAACAUUUUCAGAAAGUCGACCCCCUCUCAAGGGCCAGCCGACGGGGAGAAGCCAGAGGCCGAGAAG